AUGUCUCCCAAUUUCUUGAGACAUCUUUUGGCACUCCUGGUCAAGGCUCGCAGAGAAGGUCUAUUGUUCGGCCUCGACGAGUUUCGUCAUCUCGUUCUGAUGAAGCGAAACAAUCAAAACCCUGGGACUUUUCUUAUGUCUCCCCGUCAAGGACGUCACAUCAUACAUGGUAUCCCAUAUCGUGAUCAGAACUGGCGGGAAGAAUUCUUUGUCUUUAAGAUCGACGAGGCGUUUUUGGGAAGUUUCGAUUUCUCGAGGCUUCCCCGCUAUUGGGCUGAGGACAUAUUUCAUUCGGGGAGAUCAGAUAUGACCGACGGGCUUGGGGGUUUAAUCGGAGCUCUUAGGGGAGGUCGCUCGAAUUGGCCUUUGUUCGAUCGUGCUCGAAUUCGAGCUGCUUUCUCGAUGUCGGACGGAUCGGGUGUUACCCCAGAGGUCGCGGGUGCCGCUGAGGAUGAAGCGGAGCACUCUCAGGAGGAGGUGGGGGCCUCUUCUAGCAAUCCUCCUCCUCCCGAUAGGUUGGAGAGGUGGCUCGCGAGGAGGUCAUCGUUUCAUACUCCUAAGUCGACGUUGGCGGGCAAAUCUGCUAGUGGGCUGCCUCCGAUUUCAAUUCCCGAUUUGGAGGAUGAGGGUUCACACGAGGGUCGGAGAUCUCAUGUCCCUUUGAGUCCCGGUUUACAGGAAAAUUCUGCUGCUGCGAGCCGUAAACGGCGUAGCUCGUCAAAGGCCGUUGUGGACGAGCCGUCUCGUUCCAAGCAAAAGCCGAAAGGUCAGAGGUUUGCUCUAAAGGGUGAUGGUUCUUCAUCCGUGGGCCAGGAAGAUCAUGUUUUGAUUGCUCAUCGUACGAGGUCCGCGGGUUGUCGUUCUCUGUCUCUUGCUUCUCCUGCAGAGCAGGAAGCCUACGCCAAAUUGGUCGUCGCGAGCUCCAAGGUUAUGGAAGCUUUCAACAAGUUUACCGUAACGAUGGAGGAUCGCAUUCGUGCUUUUUGCAAUGAGAGUGAAGUGGAGAAGGGAAAGGCCGAAGUUCGGAGGCUUACAGAGGAGCUCCGAGUGGCUAAGGAAGAAACUAGAAAGAAGACGGGGGAGGCGAUGCUCUUGAAGGAUGAAUGGAAGAGGGCCCGUCGUGAAAAGGCGGAUUUUGAGACUGAAGUCGCCGCUCUUAGAACCAAGAUUGCGGAGCUCGAAGCAGGUCGUGAUUGA